UCUCCAGUCACAGUCACAGUUGUGGAGUUUCAUCGCUUCCAGUGACACCGCCAAGCCAAGCAAGUUUCCUCCUCCAAGUGCCCUGCCCAGAUCCAAGUCAGAUCCAAUCAUCCGAAAUGGCCGACCCAAAGAACCUUCUGCUGCUCUUCGAUCAUCCCACCGAGCCCGUGUUCAUGGACAAGGGCAAAAAGGUGACCGUGUUCGAUGUGCCUGACUCCUUCCUCACCGACCGCUACCGUCCCAUCAGCAACGAGGUGCAGAGCCGCGUUGGCGAGAAGGUGGAGCAGCGGGUCCCGGUGCGUGAGAUCUCCAUUCCGGACCUGCGCAUUCCCAUGUCCCUGGGCCGCGAUGAGCAGUUCUCCCUGUUCCUGCCCAAGCACCGUCGCAUUGCCGGCCGCCUGAUCGACAUCUUCAUGAACAUGCGCUCCGUGGACGAUCUGCAGAGCGUGGCCGUCUACGCCAGGGAUCGCCUCAAUCCGGUUCUGUUCAACUAUGCGCUGUCGGUGGCCCUGCUCCAUCGCCCGGACACCCAGGGCCUGGACCUGCCCUCCUUCUCGCAGACCUUCCCCGACCGCUUCAUCGACUCCCAGGUAAUGCGCCAGCUGCGGGAGGAGUCGUUUGUGGUGCAGUCCGGCUCUCGGAUGCCCAUCACCAUUCCACGCGACUACACCGCCUCUGACCUGGACCCCGAGCACCGUCUGUGGUACUUCCGCGAGGAUCUGGGCAUCAAUCUCCACCACUGGCACUGGCACUUGGUGUACCCCUUCGAGGCCACCGAUCGCAGCAUCGUCGCCAAGGACCGUCGUGGCGAGCUCUUCUACUACAUGCACCAGCAGGUCAUCGCCCGCUACAACAUGGAGCGCUUCAGCAACAACCUGGCCCGUGUCCAGCCGUUCAACAAUCUGCGCGAUCCCAUUGCCGAGGGCUACUUCCCCAAGAUGGACUCCCUGGUGGCCAGUCGCGCCUGGCCGCCACGCUUCGAGAACACCCGCCUCAGCGACCUGAAUCGCGAGGCUGAUCAGCUGAAUGUGGAGAUUGGGGAUCUGGAGCGGUGGCGCGAUCGCAUCUACGAGGCCAUCCACCAAGGAUUCGUCAUGGAUGAGCGUGGCACACGCAUUCCACUGGACGAGGCCACCGGCAUCGAUCACCUGGGCAACAUGAUUGAAGCUUCCAUUCUGUCGCCGAAUCGCGUGCUGUAUGGAGACUUGCACAACAAUGGCCACACAUUCAUCUCGUACUCGCACGAUCCCAGCAACAAGCACUUGGAGUCCUUCGGCGUGAUGGGCGAUGUGUCCACGGCCAUGCGUGAUCCCGUCUUCUACAAAUGGCACUCGUACAUCGAUCGCAUUUUCCAGGAGCACAAGUCCCGCCUGCCCGCGUACACCGACACCCAGCUGAACUACUCGGGCAUCUCGAUUACGGGCAUUCAGGUGGCCACCAAUGGGGGACAGGCCAAUGCCCUGAGCACCUUCUGGCAGCAGUCGGAUGUGGAUCUGUCGCGCGGCUUCGACUUCCUGCCCCGCGGCAAUGUCUUCGCCCGCUUCAGCCAUCUGCAGCAUGUGCCCUUCACCUACACCAUCAACGUGAACAACGACGGCGGAGCCCAGCGCUUCGGCUACUGCCGCAUCUUCAUGGCCCCCAAGAACGACGAGCGCGGCCAGCCCAUGCUGCUGCGGGAGCAGCGAUCGAUGAUGGUCGAACUGGACAAGUUUGUGGUGUCGCUCAAUCCCGGUCCCAACACCAUCCGCCGCCGCUCCACUGAGUCCAGCGUGACGAUUCCCUUCGAGCGCACCUUCCGCAACCUGGAUGCCAAUCGACCCACGGCCGGGUCGCCCGAGGAGCUGGAGUUCAACUUCUGCGGCUGCGGCUGGCCCAACCACAUGCUCAUCCCCAAGGGCCUGCCCGAGGGUCUUCGCUGCGAUCUGUUCGUCAUGGUCUCCAACUACGAGAACGACAGGGUUGACCAGCAGCUGGUGGGCCGUUGCAGUGAUGCCGCCUCCUACUGCGGCGUCCGCGAUCGCCUGUACCCGGAUCGUCAGUCCAUGGGCUAUCCAUUCGACAGGCUGCCACGCACUGGGGCUGAUCGUCUGGUGAACUUCCUCACGCCCAACAUGAGCAUCGUGGACGUGACCAUUCGCCACGAGAAUCGCACGGUCACGCGCCAGACCCGCUGAAUGAGCCGCUCCUGCCCUGCCCUGCCCUUCACUGACCCACAGCCAAAUGCACCCUGACAACGGCCUUGCACAUCACUAGAUAUACUCGUACUCGUACUCUUAUUACUUUUAGCUAUCUAUUGCAUCUUUAUUGAGCCACUAGCCUCAGAAUAAACAAGACAUCAUGGCAUUCCA